GAUCGAUUGAAGGAGUUUCGCACGUGUAUGGUGGCACUGGAUCCGAUAAUCUUGCCUUGGCGUCUGCAUGAUCUGACGGAGCUAGAAUCGGAUCUGCACUGCUCGUGCCUAGGCUGUGGCAUGUGUCGUCACUGUCGUGGCACUGGCUGCUGAGCUGAUCGAUCACGGUAAUCAUGGUGCCCGCAAUGGUGGUAAUACCUUGAAUACGGUCCGGAGAUGUAACAAGACUACAAGUCAUGUAGCCGACUGUCAAUGUCAGCUAUGACAUUCUUUGCGAUUCUCAACAUCACGGGACCCGACCGGUCGACCAGGAGCUCACUACUCCAAGGUUCGCAGGCCACAGGCACAAACAAGGAACAUUACAUGGCUGUACUGUUUUGUAUCCCCUGUGAAGUAGUUAGUUGUGGAAGUCUGGUAUUCAGCCGUCCAUUCCCUGCUUGGGCAGCACACGACGUAUUACCAGUGCAGUAGAUCUACUCCUCAGUGCUUUGUGAUCCAUGACCGUAGACUCCACCGGUGCACCGCUUUUGGACCAAACCUCACUAGCGCCUUGUCCAGUCGUCUUUAGGUCUGGCUUUGGCUACCAAGAUAAUAAAGAAUGAUGAAGAUUGAGUCUGGAGGUGAAGAAAACAGGGCGACCAUCUACAUGGAUCUCGCUGGCUGGAUUGUAGCGUGAGUGGAAGCGAUGUUUGUCAUCAAGAUACCCUUGGAGUUGAAGUGGUCUUGAACAAGAUUCGGCGGUCUGUACCCUCUUCACACUUGCUACUGUUUAGACGCACUGCACUGGAACACCCAUCCCUCGCUGCUGAGCUUCGUCCCUACCCAUUCCACACAGUCACAGCCUUCUAGUUCUAGAUCGAGCAGCUCUGUCCGCACCCGUACACGCGCCACUGCACUAGCGCGCAAGCAGUAGGGCUCACCCCCGGCACGCGCUCACUCGAUCGUGCCAAGGCAACAGCUAGGCCGUAAAACUAAAAGUGGAAUGAAUGCAACUACUACGCCUCCACUCCGCAAUGUCACUACUAGUACUACCAGGCGCGAAAGCCAGGUACCGGCGGUGGGUUCCACACCGACCAACCCAUCAUCUCUCUCCUGCAGUACCAACAGCCGAGUUUCUUGGGCCUCCAAAUUGCAGAAGUCUUUGACCAACAGCCUUGGAAUCAGUAGUUCACCGAUGAGUACUGACGACGGCUCGCCACUCAAGCCCAUCCAGCAGCAAUGCAUCCACCAGGUUACAGUUGAUAUCCUCAUGCUGCCGAGUGAUGCAAUGGCACCUUACACAGCGGUACUUCAGGAUUGCCUAUGGCGAGAAAAGUGUACGCUCUCCCUGGAGAGAGUUGGCAGUGACUUAGGAUUCACAGAUCUGGAAGACAGGCCGACCCAACAACGACCUUAUGUGCUUGUGACGCAGCUCGAUCGCAAGUCUCUCACCCAGGGCAAGCGGAGGAUCUCCGAAGACAGUUUACCACCAGCAGUUAUCAAUCUGGAGGAUAUUACUGCUAUCCAGCAAGUUAACGAGCGGGUCCUGGAGUCUAGGGGCCAGCACACAACGUAUGCAUGUGUGAUCGAAGCAUUGGUGAAAAGCCAGUCGCUGUUCUUUGCCGCACAACGCCUCGUCAAGCAGUGCAUACGGUUCGUGUACAGUGAGGACCUAGUCGAGUGGGUGGCCACAUUGAAGUCUGCUCUUGCACUAUGCCUUUGUAACGAUGGAGAAAUUCCAAGUCUCUAUCACGUCCGAGUACCAUCUCACCAGCGAGUUGUUGCACAACAACAUGCCCUUCUGGUAAUUACGCCGGCAAAGCCCCGUCCACUGUGCAUCCGGCUCCUGCAUCCGCUAAGCAUGGUUCCCUUGUAUGAGGUCACACUGACCAGUAUCUACUCCAUAGGUCAACGCUUCGACGUCAAACAGCUGUGGCUGUCCAUUGCCCAAUCGCCCCAGUCACCGCUGGGCAUGUCGAUCGAUCUGAGCCUGCACUGCCAGUGUGUUGGACUGCUGGUGAAGGCUAUCAAGGCAGCACUGCACUACAACCUGGACUGGGGCGAAGAAAUUGUCACCAACACCACCAGCACGUUCAUUCAUCACAGUAGACAGAGAGCGCCGUCAUCCAUCAGUUCCAACCCGGAUGGAGAACCUCAUCGGCGGGAUUCGUUGGUACCGGAGAGAUCCAGUUUGCACAUCGUCCCAUCACCAACUCCAGCCAGUGGAAAUGGGUCAGCUGUUGAAUGGUCCGGCUCAGUGGUAUCGGUCGAAGGCCAUGACCGAAUGCUAACACCAUAUUCCAGCAUUGAUGGUCCGCCUGAUGACCUGGCCUAUUCUAAUAGCAGCAGCGUGUUCUUACCAGCGGGACCAGACACACCAACAGUUCUGGCAACACCAGGUAAUACGUUGGAACUUGAUGGAACCCCCGGACAACAGGAAGGCACACCGGUAGCAGGUAUCUCGCACGGACCACCGGUCCGACCUCCUAAACCUGGCCGCAAUAGUCCUUCACAGCUGCUGAGUGACAACUUGUUGAAUGAUGACGACUUUGGGGAAAUGACGGACAUGAAACCAUCAGCAUUUGUGGAGUUUGCUGAAAUUCCCGAUGCUGCCCAGCUGCCUAGCCACCCCGAGAUGCGGCGAUUUCGAAUGGCUACAUCUAACGCUGGGAAGUGCCUGACGUUGCCACUGCCGCCCAAACAACGGAGUAUCUCAUCCACGAAUAUUAUUGAGAGCAUCGAUGACAUGGAUGAGAGCAGGGAUCGGGUCGUUCGCCUGAGUCGCUCUAACAGUGUGCCAGAUCGACGUAGCUACAUGAGCAAGGUGAAUAGUCUCAGUAAUCGGGCAAGACUGUUGCCGGACGACACGUUGGACUUGGAUGAGGUCAGCUUGCUGAGUGAUUCUUCCGUGUGCGCGCCGGGGGAGCAUACUGAUCAAGUGGUACGCCGCCCAACAAGGCAACAUUCACAGGAGGAGGUGACAAAGGCACGGGGUAUAAGUUGUGAAACUGUGUACAUCGGGCCGCCAUUGGCAAUCUUUGACCGUGACUCGACCCAUUUGAGGGAUGUUUCAGACUCGCCUGAGAACGUGGCAGCUGAUUAGUGGCUGCAUGCAGACAUCGACAAUAUGGAUUGUAUCCACCUUCUCUCUCCCCCCCCCCCUCCCCCACUCUCUAUUAAAUUUUAGUAUCAUAUCCAUGGAGGUGGCUUUUCGCUGAUGGGUUUCCCUUGAGAGUGUAUUUCCACACUGAUUUCGCCCUACACACUUCCCUAUUAUAGUCUUUCCCUUGGAAGCCUUGAUCUUGAUAUCACAUCCUUGCUGGCCCGGCAACGUUGAUCAUCAUCCGCCCUUUGCAGGUAGCACCCAUUUCUUGCCAAUAUGAGACCGUACAUGUCUGGAAAUUUGUCAAUUCACGAAAUACUUUAUGGUGGAAAGUUAGAAAACGGUCUUAUGAAACCAGUGUCAUGGCCCAUUCAUUUUUACCCUGGCAUUAUUACAACAAUAGAGAGAUGUCUACUCGUCAAUUAUAUCUUCAUCAAAUGUGGGCGCAACAUGAUUGUGCUAACCUGAACUGGUAUCAUUAUGCACAUGUAUGUGCAGCAUGUGCGUAUUGUCAGGGCACGGCACAUGGAUUGGUUUAUUUAAUGUCAAAGAACAAACAGGCAGUGUUGCCUUACUACAUGAGA